GGCUUCUUCCGCCGCACCAUACAGAAGCAGCUGACGUACGACUGUAAGAGCAUGAAGACGGGAGCUCCGUGUGUUGUCGACAAGAAUACGCGCAACCAGUGUCAACAGUGCCGCUACACGAAGUGCAUGCACGUCGGCAUGGCGAUAGACCUUGUUCUGAACGAACAGCAGCGGAAGGCAAAGCGGAAGUUGAUCGAGGAGAACAAGCGAAAACGGAAGUACGACGCGGCGCUUCGACGCUGUCACGUGACCGACGGGAUGAGCGACGACGAGCGAGAGCUAGUGUGUAUGAUUGAGCAAGCUUACAGCGCCGCCUAUGGGGGAAAAGAAAAACAAACCUGUCUAGAGGAUCGCUUACAGUUACAGUCAGACGACAGCGGCGACACGUUGCUAAGCAACAGCGGCGACGAUUCCAGCAACGGACCAAUCACCAUCAACGGCCGGACCGCAAACAGCGACGCUCAACUUCCGGUCAGCUUUGACCAAAUUCUCUCCAAUUCCGUCCAGAAACUCGUCACGUUUUCCAAAAACGUUUCCGGUUUUA